UGAUUCAGUGUUGAGCGAACUUUAGUUGCGACGAGUCAACGCGUAUCGUGAGUGUUGCUUUCGAAAAUUCGCCGCUUAUAUUGUAGCUAAAAAAGAAAAUACUGAGCGUCGUGAGGAUUGUGUGCAUCCGCCGUACCCCUAUCGUCUUACAUUUGUCGUGUUUACUGCUGGCCUACGUUGUUUAGCUCAGCGCGUUUUCUUUGACUAUCUGUUUGCUUGCUGUUGCAGUGAAGUGAAAACAAGUUUUGCGCCCCAACUUCAACGCGUCCGUAGUUGGUAGGCGUUUGUGUCGUACUCCCCCUCCCCACACCCGACUACUCAACGCACAGCAUCACCCAUAUCCGGCACGUCGCCCCAAACAAACACGUUUUUGCCAUUGCUGUUGACGUUGUUCGCUGAUUGAACGCAGCUCGGUUUACUAGCGCCCACAGUCAUUUAGUCGUUCGCGCUGAUUGCCGCUCGUCGGCAGUGCUUCUGUGUUCUGUAUGUUUGCGUUAUUCGGUAUUUGAAUCGUUCGUGCUCUCGUUCCUGUUCCAAAUCAAUUGUGCAUUCUCGUUCGUACAUUUUUUAUUUGUUGUUUGCGUUGUUGCAAUUGUUGUUACCGCUGCUACGAAGUGUUUGCAAUAUGAGCCUCCUUCGGUAGGGCUACUGCUGCUGCUGCCGAUUUUUGCGUAUCGCUGUGCAACAGCUGGCUGUCUUCUAAAAACUUGCUAUUGUGAAGAGGUCACAAAAAAAGAAAAAUAAAAUCGAAGUAAUUGAAUACGAAAAAUAAUAAAAAUAAAAAUAAAUUAUUUAACUAACAAAAAAGCCAAUCUCUAUCCAAUCGGUGUACUGUAGCUGCGAGCGUCGUGCAUACAUGCGUACAUACCUAACUAUACAUAAUUUUGUUGUAAUAUGAAGUGAAAAAUCAAUAAAUCAGUGUUUAUUAAAGUAUUCAAUUGCGCAGGCAUACAAUCAAGCUAUAAAAGACCGACUACAAUACACCCACACAUUGGAUUAAAUGGAUUAAGCGAGCUGGGUCAACAAAGAUAUGCCAUUUAAAUGGUGCAAGUCUUCGAAAUCUCAUGCAACCAGAAACAGCGCAAGCAUUCGUAGAAAUUCAUUGUAAAUGCGAAAUGUAACAACUGAAUUCAACUCAGCUUUCCAGCUACUAUAAAAGCAAGCUCUUAAGAAUAUAAAUAAUAAAUGUGUGUGAAAAAUAAAUCCACUAGAGCAUUCAAAGUGCAAUGCAAAUAAAGCGAAAUCGCAUAAAUUAAAAUAAUCAAAAUAAAAUCAUCAACAUCAGCAGCAGCAUUGCUAAGCAAUAAUUUUGCAAUUAUCACAUUUUCAUUUACACCUCUCGCACUGUUAUCUCCGCUCUUACAUGCAUAGCUGCGAGCGCAAUUGCACGUGAGUGCACGAAGAAUAUACGCCAUAUCAAAAGCAAAUUGCCCAUAAAAUCCUGCUUUACAAAAGGCGCACGCACCAACACACACUCGUACAUGACUGUGAAUAUUUUGAUAUGAAAACGCGAUUACUUGGCCUUUUGUGAUUGUUGAUUGCGCCACUAAAAAAUCACCAAUAAUUCUUUCGCUCUGUACAAUUCAUCGUCGUCGCUGUCGUCGUCGGUCAAGCUGCGUACAAACAUACACUGCAACACAAGUUACCUGCAACGAAAUCAACAGCAACUCAGAAAAAACAAAAGACCAAUUGGGUUCUUGUGUGCGUGAUUGGCAUUGCAUCCAUACAUACAUACAAACAUAUAUUGUGUUUUAUUGUUCUUGCCGUUGGUCCUUUGUGCGGGCUCUACACGCAUUUUUCGCCAUAUUUGGCCUUUCGCACAAGAUUAUCUCGCGCACAUCCUGGUGAAUCGCAGCAGUUUUGCUGAUUGUAUGGCAUUACACUUUUAAAUCAACUACACUAUUUUAAAGCGACACUAUGUCACCGCCACUCAUCUUCGGUCACAGCUCAGCAACGAGCAAAGCUUGUUCGCUUUUGUUGUUGCUGCUGCUGAGUUGUCAACGUGUUGCCAGCAUUUUGGGCAAAUCACAAAUGUGCGAAGUGGAAACGGGCCAAACGAAUAUUAUAUUGGACAUUGAGGAAAGUCGUGGUGAUUUUAUUGGCCAACAAACUACGCCGCCGGAAUUGCCAAUUUACGGUGAUCCCUACACGGAAAUUGCACUGGAUCUAGUCUUCCCAAAGGGGAAUCCAACAUUCCUGCUCGACGGCAAGAAGUUGCAGCUGUUGCAGCCGCUCGAUCGCGAUGAGGAGAAUCUGAGUCACAUUGUCUUUCAGGUCUCCUGCACCAUUCGUGCAACAAACAAGCGACGCAACAUUCCGAUUAUUGUGCGCGUAUCUGAUGUCAACGACAAUGCACCGCGCUUCAUGAACACACCCUAUGAGGUCACCGUGCCGGAGAGCACGCCAGUUGGCACAACGAUCUUUCGAAACAUUCAGGCGCUGGACAAGGAUGCUGGUGUUAAUGGACUCGUUGAGUAUUUUAUUGUUGAAGGCAAUACGAACAUAACCGAGGAUGAGAAAAUGACAAUUGCCGAUGGUUAUGGCACAUUUGCAAUUUCCUUUCCACAUCAAGGGCAGGUGACUGUCGCCAAAACGUUGGAUUACGAGAAGGUGCAACGAUACUAUCUAACCAUUGUCGCAUCGGAUCGUGCACGUAACGUUUCCGAGCGCCUCUCCUCGACGACCAUACUAACUGUGAACAUUGCCGAUUCGGACGACCAGGACCCGUCGUUCAUUUAUCGUGGUUGUGUGCUACUCGAUGGCGCCUGCAUUAAUCCCGAAUAUUCGGCCUCAGUGCCCGCAGGUUCGCUGCAAGGCGUGCUCACUGUAACACCCGAACGCAUACAAGCGGUCGACUUGGAUACCAUCAGUUCACCUAUACGUUAUUCCUUUGCCAGCGGCAUGCCUAGCAAUUAUGGCGAUUACUUUGAGAUCGAUGAACAGACAGGGGUGCUGAAACAGAUCAAAGCGGUUGAUACCUCAACAGCCAAGAAGUACGAUAUUGUGGUCAAAGCUGAAGAGGUAUCCGUGGCCAAACGCUUUACCACGGCUAAGUUGACGAUUACCGUGAAACCCGUCGAUGCUAAUCCGCCAGUUAUUUCUGCCAGCGAUAUUGAAGGUUACGUCGAUGAAAACUCACCAAUAGGCACCAGAGUUGUUGACGCGAAUGGACGCCCAAUUUCGUUUAAAACCACUGACGCUGAUUUGGGUGAAGACGAUCCUAAACCCGACUACAUUUACGAACUGACUACACCAUCUUUUGAUGUAACCAACGACGGCAUUUUGAUUGUCAACGAAGAAGGUUUGGAUCGCGAUCCACCCGCGCCCGGACGUUACAAAUUCCAAGUGGUUGCGCGUGAGCCACGCACCAAUGCCGCCAGCGCACCAUUGAGUCUAACUGUGCAUCUGCGCGAUGUCAACGAUAAUCCACCCAAGUUAGCUAUGGUGCCACCAAUUACAAUCACAGCCGGCGACGGUCAACGCCCGGUCACUAAUGUCACCGCAGUGGAUAAUGAUGAGGGUGCGAAUGCGAUUAUUACUUAUUCCAUCUAUCACGUGUCCAACAAUGGGCUGCAGAAGUUCGCUAUCGAUGAAAAGACUGGCGAGAUUGAGACGAGAGGUCGCUUGCUGGCUGGUGAACAAUACAGCAUAACAGUACAGGCUACCGACAACGGUGGCCUAUCAACGCAGGCUAUUGUCGAGAUCUCAGUAACACCAGGACCAAACACGAAACCGCCGAAGUUCGUUAAGCCCAUAUAUGAGGUGCAAGUAAGCGAAGGUGCAGAGAUCAAUUCUACCGUUACUGUGGUGCAUGCCGAAGAUCCCGAGAAUGAUCCGGUGGUCUACUCAAUUGUUUCGGGCAAUGACUUGCGUCAAUUUGCUGUGGGUCAGGAAAGUGGUGUCAUUAUGGUUAUACGUAAACUAGAUCGCGAAAGUCUUACACGCUACCAAUUGGUUGUAAAGGCCGAAGACAAUGGCGGUUUGUCGAGCAGCGCCACAGUGAACAUCAAAGUAACUGACAUCAACGACAAGAACCCCGAGUUCGACGAGUCCACGCUACCUUACGUUUUCGAAGUAGAUGAAGGCAAAAAAGAUGCCUUUGUUGGCAUUGUACAUGCGACUGAUGCCGAUGAGGGUAUCAAUGCAGAGAUUACAUACACAGUGCCGCAGGACAUACCCUUCUCUAUAAACGGCAAGUCGGGCGAAAUACGCACCUCCACACCAUUAGACUAUGAGCGUCAGAAGGAGUAUCGUUUUGUGGUGACCGCCAAAGAUGGUGCGCCUGAUGCGCGCCUCGGUACAGCCAGCGUUACAGUGCAGGUGCGCGAUCUGCCCGACGAGGUGCCGAAGUUCACCGACGCACGCAUUGAUGUGCAUGUGCCAGAAAAUGAAGCAGAUUACUUGGUUGCAACGGUGCAAGCAUUCGAUCCAGAUACAGUGCAACAGAUCUCCUAUGUGAUACGCAAAGGUGCUACAGAUCUCUUCAAAAUAUCGCCACAGACUGGUGAAAUACGCACCACCAACGGUUUGGACUAUGAGAAGAAGAAGCUACAUGAACUCAUUGUUGGCACAAUUGAAAAUGAUGGCGAUGGGCCAGGUGAUACGAUACGCAUUUAUAUCGAAGUGGAUGAUCGUAACGAUGUGCGGCCCGUCUUUGCUGCCGUACCUGAACCUGUGACUGUGAAUGAUGAUCAACCGAUCGGCACGCGCAUAGCAACCAUGACUGCCAUUGAUGGUGACGGCUCAUCACCGGGCAAUGUGGUGCGCUAUGAGAUGGUAGGGCGUGGCAAAGCGUUGAAGUACUUCCAAGUAGAUGCCGAUUCGGGUGCAGUGCGUCUUAGAGACGAGCUACGCAAGGAGGAGGACACCGAGUAUCAGGUGGACAUACGCGCCUAUGAUAUGGGCGAACCGCAAUUGAGUUCCGUUGCAACAUUGCCUGUUUUCGUGCGUCACCUGCUCACCGACCCAAAUGAGGACAAUGCAAUGGAGGGCAAAAUGAGUGACGGUGCUAUAAUGAGCCCCGAAAGCUUAGGCUUAGCAUUCAGCGACGACAGCUAUACCACCGGUGUGCCAGAGACAACCGGCAUCAACGCAACCAUCAAAGUGAUACAAGUGAUCAACUCGAAGAAGGCACGUGAUGGCAUUGCCAGCUUCAAGUGUGAGAUCGUCGACGGCAACGAACGGAGUUACUUCGAUAUUACGACCGAAGAUCAUGGCUGUGGUGUACGAUUGGUGAAGCAUUUGGAUUUUGAAAACACAACCGCCUAUUCGUUAAGUAUAAGACUCAUCUCGCACAAAUAUUUCGUGAACCCACAGAAGAGCAUGACAAUGGUGAAAAUCAUUGUGCAGGAUGAAAAUGAUAAUGCCCCCGAGUUUGUCUUCAAUCGCGUGCACACACACAAGGACACUUUCUACGCUGUAGUGGCGCCCGAUGUGAACAUAGAUACGCCCAUACUACAGGUGCGCGCCACCGAUCGUGAUUCAGGCAAGUACGGCAUGAUACGCUACAAGAUUUACGAUGAAGAGGAUAAUAUAAUUAGCGACGAUCACUUGCCCACCACUUAUUUCGUCAUGGCCGAGGAUACAGGCAUCUUACGCACAGCUAAACUCUUCCAAGGUGACGCCAAUUUCCCAAUGAUGUUCUAUGUAGAGGCACGCGAUAACGAUGGCCAAGAGCUGGGCUCGCAUCAUACGCGCGCACGCAUAGUAAUAAACCAGAUCACCGAUCAGCAUCGCAUGUCCUUGGCCUUCUCUGAUGCAGCACCGAAUGAGAUACGCAACCAUUACAGUGCGCUUGAAGAGCUAUUGGAAGAGAAAACGAAUGGACUCAUAAGCGGCAUUGAACGUUUCAGCAAUCGCAAGCUGUUGACGGAGAAUGGCACGAUGAUUGAAAAUCCGACAGCAACCGAUGUUUGGUUCUAUCUAAUCGAUCCAAAAAGCGAGCAAAUACUCACGCGCAACGACUCGAUUGUAUACGCAGCGCUGCUGGAACCAACAGCGCGCGCUGAAUUGAAUUUCGCGGCAUCGGGCGUGGCACAUGCGACCGCUGAGGGUAUAUACGCGCCCAUCGAAAUAAAACAGCAAGUCCACAAGGUGAAAGCAGCAAUAGCGCUUAACGACGAUGUUUUUCCCUACACGCUAAUCGCCAUUUCCAUCAUAAUACUCAUACUUGGCACAAUCGGCAUUAUCUACAUUUGUAUUUCCUGGUCAAAGUACAAGAAUUUCAAACAACGCAUGCGCCAAUACGCGGCGCCCAGUCCCACACGCUACGAUCCAGUCAUCGUUAAUUCGCAAGUGGCCAACUCCGGCGACACAGUCGCCAACUUGAAGGAGUACGAGACACAAGUGCUGGCCAUGGCUGUGCCACCAGAUGGCGAUGAUGAUCUGCAAUUGGAUUUUAGCGCCAAGAAUCACGCCUUCUCGCUGGACAAUGUCAGCUACAUUACGCACAAAGAGAAUGGCACGAGUGGUGGGCAGGCGAGUCCCUCGCACUCGGAUGCGACCACUGCCACAAUCACCACUUUGCGACGCAACAACAAUAACAAUAAUCUCAAUAAUAUGGCACACAACAACAGCAAUAACAAUAACAACAAUAUAAAUGGCAUGAAUAAUCGGCAGAAUACAUUCAAUCGCACACUCGAAAUGAAUGCGCGCAACAAUGCAAAUCCAUUGGCGGCGGCCGCAAAUGGCACGCUGCCCGGCACACUAACGCUGGGACGUCUUAAGCAUCAAAAUGGCGCAAAUCACUACCAGAAUGGUGGCUACAAGCUGGAUGCUGUGAGUCGCAAUAAUUUGGCGAAUUUACAAAAUAACAGUUACAGCACAUUGGGACGGCGGGGGAACACAUUUGGCGGGCCAAAUGGGCUGAACGGUUUGAAUGGCACUGGUGGUGGUGUUGGUGCUGAUGGCAGUGGGAAUGCUGGCGAGCUGAUGACGAACACGCUCGGACGCAAUAAUCACCAGCUUCAUCACCACAAUAGUCGCGCCUUUGCGGAUGUGCCGAUAACAAAUCCACUUUUUCAACGCUCCAAUGGUGACCUUAGUCACAUAAGCACCACCAAUGAGAAUGUCACCUUCGGCAAGCGCGACUAUGGGCAAUUAGGUUUCUCCUAUUUAAAUGAUUUAGAUCGCUCAGAGGUGGAGACCACAACGGAGCUGUAAUAUGAUGAAUGUGAGCAUGCGGAAGAUGCGCGCGCAGUAGAACCAACGAAAAUAAACGAACAGUUUAGAAUGAGCUUGAAAGCCUUUUAAGUAAAAUACAUGCGAAACUGGGUAGAAGGAGGGGACAGCAAAAUUAUGUAAAUUUAUAUAAAUAAUAUGAAAUUUUUCUGAUCAUGAAAAUCAGAGACACUUUUGUUUUUGAAAAGAAAGUAAUUGCGAAGUUUCGCUAUUUCUUUUUAUUUAUUUCGUUCUCUCUCCCUCUAGCUACCCAGUAGCCUUAUUAGACCGAAAACAAAAAUAACAAUAACCCACACAAUGCCAAACUGAAAUAGUUUAAUCAUAUCAACUAAACUUUAUAAAUUUAGAAGCACCCUAGAAUUAUAUUAUAUGUAUAUAGAAUUCAUGUAUGUACUAUAAUUAUUCUAUCGUAGCUGUCAUUAUUGCUGCUGGAAAAAAAGUUAUAAAUGAGUAAAGAAAAUAGUAUAUACAGUCACUCGCGCCUUAUUUGAUACAAAUAUAAUUUUGUAAAGUGUCUAUAUUACAUUAUAAUUUGGGAAAAUGAAAAAACAGAGUGUGUUGCAUACUGAUUUAUUAUUCUGCUGUAUUGUAUUUCUUAUUUACUUGGCUAUAAUUCAUUUCUCAAGACAAAAUACAAAAAAGUGUUUAUGAAUUUCAUUGUAAUGCAAAAAAAACAUACAAAGUGAUACAGUUACAAAAGAGCAACAAUUUAUUUCUAUUAAAAUUUUAAGGUAUUUAGAACUUUGUUGGGUAUCCUUUAUUACAAUCCAAUUUUGUUGUGUAUUCUGAACUAAUUUGGUGACACUCUUCAAGUAUCGCCUUUUUAAGAUCAGAUUUCUUAUGGAUGUCCUAAUUUCAUAUAUUUUUCUUCAAAACCACUUUACAAACAAAUCGUAUCUGUAUCAAAUAAGGUUUGAGUGACUGUAAGUAAGCAGAGCGAAACUCGUUGUGAAUAAUAUGACAAAUUGUUGCCAUUAGCAGAUCUAUUCUGACUGUUAUCAAAAAUUUUGUAACCGGCAAAUUUUUUUACCGAAAAUUAUUAACGCCACACUGUAACCGCAACGCUGACGUAGAGGUUAUUUUGUCAACAGCGUGGAAUACGAUUGGGUGUGGUGAAAAUGUAUCUGCCUAUGUUGCAUAUUUUAGAGGGCACUAUUGACGCUUUUGAAGUGGAAUUUAUACAAAACCAACUGUCGAUUGGUAUUUUGGAUGAAUUGUCAGAAAAUGUUUAAAAGCGAAAAGCUGAAACACUCAGCUGACUACAGUACUGCAGCUCGCUAACAAUAUUCACCCUGCUUUGGUGGCCGCCGUAACCGAAUGGUUUCGUGAGUGACUACUAUUCGGGAGCGCGUAGUUUUGUAGGUUUUUAUGUGCAUGAAAGAGCAAAAUGAAAGAAAAAGUUGUGUUUUCCGAGUGUUUUUCUGCCAUGAAAAAGCUCCUCAUAAAAAACCAUUUGGCAUUCGAAGUCGGCUUAAGUCCCUCCAUUUGUGAAGCAACAUUUUUGUUUCAGUCUUUAUUGCCACAUUUGGAGUAUAAUUUAAAUAAAACGAACUAUCGAUCGAUGUUUCGGAUUUAAAAAUUGUCAGAUAAUGUCUAAAAGAGAAAAGCUGAAAAACUCGACUGAAUUCUAUCCUGAAGCUUGCGAACGAUACUCACCCUGCUAGAAUCGAAUGAUGCAAUACAAGAUUGCGCCAUCCCAAAUCGUUAUGUCAGCGCAGAACCAAAAGAAACGAGUGGGCGAGAUAGAAUGAGAGAAAUCAAGAAAAAACCGACAUUUGGAGGCUUUAUUAUCAUUCGUGAUUUCAUAGUUUAACACUCAUUACUUAAUUUUCAG